AUGCGCGGCAUCAUCGACAUGGGAAAGAACCACCGUUUCUUCCGUUUUCCAAGUGAAAAGACAGAUAUAGACAGGAGGAAGGUUUGGAUUCAUAGGUGUCAACGUGGGGAGAAAAACUGGAAGCCAAGCAAGAAUGCAGUACUGUGUGCCGAUUAUUUCGAGUCGGAUGCAUUCGAAAGAGACCCAUUUCGCCUUGCACAAAUGGGAUAUGAAAAUCCAAAAGCUCGGCUGAAGAAGGACGCAAUGCCCACGAGAUUCAGGACAAAAAGUUUCGCGGAUGGUUUACCUAGUGUUACACGAGGAGCAUUUAGGAAACGACAAACGGACGAGAUGCUGAGGGAUAUCUUCAAUGAUGAACAAACCACUGAAACAAAUCCACCCAAAGCCUUUGAUGGAGACAGGAAUGAGCCUUAUGAAUUAGAUAAGCAUGAGGUGUGCAGUGUCCCCAUCCAAGCAGUGGAGGAUAUUGAUGCUUGUGAGGACACACUUCUUACAAGUGACGAGGAAUACAUGCCUUCUGAAUACUCAGAGUUGGAUGAAAGUGAAACUGAUGCAGACUGUGAUACAGAUACUGAUGACGAAACUGAACCAGUUCUCUACUUGUCAGCAAAUCCCCAGACUGAAAGACAGUUUCUUGUCUCUGAAACCUCACUUGCCCAACUAUUCCAGUAUUGCUCACAUCAGUCAGGUUCAAGUUCAUUUUGUGGCAUGACUUGUCAAGUGAAACUGAUGCAACAUCAAGGCGUUAUGAUAACUGUGGAGACAAAAUGCUUGAAGGGGCACACUACAAUAUGGAACAGUCAGUCAAUGCAUGGGACAAUGCCUUGGGGCAAUCUUCUGUGUGCCAGCAGUAUUCUUUUGAGCGGGGGAUGUGCCACCCAAGUAUUGAGAAUGUUCAAGUUCAUGAAACUGCCAAUUUUUAGCAUGGGUACUUUCAUCAACAUACAGCGAUGCUAUACAGUACCAGACUACCCUCUUGGCCUGUAGUGAUUGUUGGGUGGCUAAAGUCGGUACGAGAAACGGCUAGUCACACACGGAAUGCUCCGGUGAAACCCUAGACAUGGAUACAGUAUGUGAAGGCCGAUAUUUCGGCGAUUCCAGUACCUGUGAAGAGAGACUAUUAACGGCAUUUCUUCCAUCGUAUUUUCUCACGUUUAUCUGUGCUAACGACUUGUUACAACUUUUAAAACAAAUUUUAACAAACUGAUAAUGAAACCGGACUAUAGUUCGUUU